AUGAAGAACAAGUCACUUUUUGAAGGGACAGAUGAAUCUUUGCCCCUUGAGGUCAUUGCUAGUGCGCUUCACAUGGAUGAAAAGGAAGUAGAAGCUAACUUAGAGACCAAAGGGAAUACCAAAGGAUUUUCACUAAGUUUUCUUUUGGAAAGAGCUCAUACCCUAUUGAAGGCAAAAAGUUGGGAUGCUUGUUACUCUGCUAUUGCAUUGGCCAUCUAUGGCGUCGUCCUGUUCCCGAAUAUGGAUGGUUUCGUAGACAUGACUGCCAUUUGUGUUUUCCUUACUGGGAACCCAAUACCUUCUUUGUUAGCUGAUGUCUAUUAUUACAUAAGUCAUAGGUAUACUAAGAAGAAGGGAUUGAUUGCUUGUUGUGCUCCUUUAUUAUAUCAGUGGUUUCUAGAACAUCUUCCGAAGACAGGUGCUUGGGUUGAACAGAUAGAUGUUAGUUGGCCUCAAAGAUUGGGAUCGCUCCGAUCUGAAGAUCUCUCUUGGUACUCCAAAGAAUACAUCAACAUGGAUAUCAUAUUUAGUUGUGGAGAUUUCCCAAAUCUACCGCUUAUUGGAACUCAAGGAUGUGUGAAUGCUAAUCCAAUUCUAUCACUCAGACAACUUGGCUACCCAAUGAAAGGCCCUCCAAAGGCAAAUUCUUUGGAAGAUUUCUUGUUACUUGACUUUGGGGUUGAGAAUCAUAGCUUAUUCCAGCGAAUCAAAGAAGCUUGGAAGAAUGUCAAUCGAAAAGGGAAAACUAAGUUAGGGAGAGCAAAUGGGAUUACAAAAGAAUCAUAUUUUCAGUGGAUAAAGGAAAGGUGUGUUCUAGUCUUUAAUAGUUUUAAAUUGUUGAUUUUAAAAUUCUAUGUUAUUCAUUUAAGAAGGUUUUGUGAGGAAAAUGGAAUUGAGCAUGAGUUUAUUGCUCCAUACACUCCUCAGCACAAUGGUUUUGUUAAAGGAAGAAACAUAACUUUUCUUGAUAUGAAAAGGAGCAUGCUGAAGGAGAAGAAGCUCGCUUACACCUUGUAG